GAAUAGAUGAACAUGAGUAAGACAUAUAAUAGAUCAUGUAUCUCCACCCUUUCAAUUGGGUGGGGCUGGUUUGUUUUGCUAGCUUUUCAAUGGAGAGAUAUUCAAAAGAUGAGCUUUCAUUCGUUAAGGAAGUACCUGAUCAAAUCGAAAUCGAAUGUCCAGUUUGUCUUCAUAUCUUUACAGAUCCUCAUCAGGUGAGCUGCUGUGGUAGAAAUUUUUGUCAGUCUUGUAUUGAGAGGAUAAAAGCUAGUAAUGGAUCCUGUCCUAUGUGUAAAGAGGAGAGGUAUCAAUUCUUUGAGGAUAAAAAUAUUAGUCGAAUCAUUAACGGGUUACAAGUCUAUUGUACCAAUAAGGCGAAAGGUUGUCAAUGGAAAGGAGAUUUGAAGUAUCUACCCACUCACCUUAGUAAAGAGAUGAGAGAAGGAGAUUGUCAAUUUGAAAAGGUCAAGUGUCGCUAUGACAAGUGUCGAAUUAGAAAUCAACGUCAGCAUCUUAACAUUCAUGAGAAAGCAGUGUGCGACCAACGACCAUACAGUUGUGAGCAUUGCUAUGCAGAAGGUACAUAUUUAUCUAUUACCUUCUUGCAUAUAAAAGUUUGCUCAAAGUAUCCUACAAAAUGCCCCAAUAGUUGUGCAAGUUCUGUUAUGCCUCGAGAUAGUGUUCCUGAUCAUUUGACCCAGUGUCCAUUAGAGCCAGUAGAUUGUGUGUUUAGUUGGGCUGGUUGUAAUGAUAAGCCAUUACGUAAAGAUGUACAAGUACACACUGCU